UAAAUAAAAAAUGAAAACACUUGUUACCUAUUUUUCAUCUAAAUGGAUAUACCCCUACCCCUUACUUAUAAAGGGUAUAAAGCGCGCUCCGCAGAAGGAACCCAAAACUUCAAAGCUUAGUUCAUAUUUUGGCACUGAGCAGAACAGUUGACACUAAUAAGUCACAAGUCGCUAAUAUGCAUUAUUUUCAAUUGACAUUCGUUUGCGUGGCACUGAUCACUAUUAACAGUUCCUUAGCUUACCAUUCAAGCCAUGGGCACCACAUGUUCACCACCACUAUUCGACCAAAACCACAAAAUGAAUCUCUAUUUCCGAGCACCAGUUCAACCUCAACUACCAUAGCGACAACAGAUUCAACCACAACCCAACCCGAAUCCACUUGGGAUACAUCUACUGAAGGAAGUACAGAGGAAAGCUCAGUCAGUGAAAGUUCAUCACCUGACUUUUCCACGACACCGAAGAUGUUUACACAUGACGAACUUCACCAUGAAAAUUCAGGUUCUAGCAAAACUGUCAUCUGGAUUUUCGUCACUUUAGCUAUUUUGGCUAUUUUAGCAGGGGUGAUAUACUAUAUUGUACGCCGCCAUGGUUCUUAUACUGUAAAAGAGCAGUGCAUCCCUGUUAAAACUACUGUAUAUUUUGGUAAUACCAGUUACCAGCUUGAAUCAGCAUAAAAUCGAAUCACUAACGAUUUGUAUUUAAAUAAUAUUUUCUAAAAAAAAUAUGUAAUGUAUAACUCACUUUAAAAACAAAUUUUAAUCUAUUAUGGCUUUGUCAUGAGUCUUUAAAAACUUAAAAAAAACACGACUCAUCUGUUCUGAUAAACGCCUAAAAAGUUUUAUCUCGAAUAAAGCAUUUAUUUCUUUUAAGCGAAAUGGAACCAAGUUAUCGCAAUGGUAUAAAAUAA